UUUUUAUCAAAUCCAAGGUUCGAGCUCAUCUUCACAAUCAGAAUCCAAAACAGUCGACCACGAUCUGAGUUCAAUGGAAGAAAUCGGAAUUCCGAGGGAAAAAUCAAAUUAGAUUUUAAAAAUGCUGACGCAAUUCGGCGCGACGGCGGAGUCGCUGUCCAAGGCGUCGACGAUGAUGUUCCGGAUCGGCACCGACGCACACCUCUACGACGAUCCCGACGACGUCAGCAUCGCGCCGCUCCUCGACAGUAAAUUCGAGUCCGAGAAGUGCGAGGCGCUCAAGCGCCUGCUCGCGCUCAUAGCUCAGGGCUUCGAUAUCUCCAACUACUUCCCUCAGGUAGUGAAAAACGUGGCGACUCAGUCGCUGGAAGUUAAGAAGCUGGUGUACUUGUACCUGCUGCAUUACGCUGAAAAGCGACCGAAUGAAGCAUUGUUGUCAAUCAACUAUUUUCAGAAGGAUUUGGGGGAUCCGAAUCCUCUGGUGAGAGCAUGGGCGCUCCGAACAAUGGCAGGGAUUCGCCUGCAUGCUAUUGCGUCCCUUGUUUUGGUGGCUGUGGGAAAAUGUGCGCGAGAUCCAUCUGUAUAUGUUAGAAAAUGUGCUGCAAUUGCGCUUCCAAAGUUACAUGAUCUUCGCUUGGAAGAACACACGGCUGCAAUUGAAGAGAUUUUUGUGGAAGAUAUGACCAUGCCACAUGAGUUGAUAACUACGGAGUAUAUGAAAAGCAUGAUAGCCUAUCGACUUGAUUAUAAUUUGGCCUUUGACAACUUACAUAUCUUUUGGAGAAUAUACUUAUCAUCAAGUGAGAGCCAACAUAUUGUUGGAAUGUUGUUGAAGGACAACUCUCCUGGAGUAGUUGGUGCUGCUGCUUCUGCUUUUGCUUCUAUAUGUCCCAAUAAUUUCUCUUUGAUUGGAAGAAAUUACAAAAGAUUGUGUGAAAUUCUUCCUGAUGUGGAAGAAUGGGGUCAGAUUGUCUUGAUCGGGAUUCUCUUGAGAUAUGCAAUUGCAAAACAUGGGCUAGUUAGGGAAUCCCUAAUGUUAUCUUUUGAGGAUCUGGAAAUUCAGAGUCAGGAGAAGGAUGAUCCAGAAUCAUCUCAUCUUACAGUAAGAAAACCUUUCGAUGGUGCCAGCUUAGACAUAUGUACUGAGAUUGCAGAUAUAGUAGCUAGGAGUUACCUUGAAGGACCAGAUAAGUAUUUAGCUCGGUUAGGGCAUGUAAACCAAGAUUCUCUUGGGUUUGAUGGUUCAUGCAUUACGUCCGCAACAAGCAAUGAUGAUGUGAAGAUUUUGUUGCAGUGUACAUCACCUUUAUUAUGGAGUUAUAAUAGUGCUGUUGUGUUGGCUGCUGCUGGAGUUCACUGGAUUAUGGCACCAAAGGAAGACAUUAGGAAGAUUGUUAAGCCUUUGAUAUUUCUGUUGAGGUCAUCAGGCUCCUCAAAAUAUGUGGUUCUUUGCAACAUUCAGGUCUUCGCCAAAGCAAUGCCAUCACUUUUUUCUCCAUAUUACGAAGAUUUUUUCAUCAGCUCUUCUGAUUCAUAUCGAACAAAAACUCUGAAGCUUGAAAUACUUUCCACCAUAGCUACAAAAACUUCAAUUUCCUCUAUAUUUCUGGAGUUUCAGGAUCAUGUUAGAGAUCCUGAUAGGAGGUUUGCUGCUGAUACUGUUGCUGCCAUUGGUUUAUGUGCACAAAAACUCCCUGAUGUUUCCAACACAUGUUUGGAAGCGCUAUUGUAUCUGGCUUUGUCUGAAUCUUCUAACAAUGCUGUGGCAUUGAUGGGCGAGGAAGAAAUUUUAUUAGUUCAAGUAGUCAAGUCUAUCAUGGCAAUCAUAAAACAAGAUCCUCACAGUCAUGAGAGAGUCAUUGUUCAUUUGGUUCGAAGUUUGGAUUCAAUGUCUGCACCUGCAGCACGUGCAAUGGUCAUAUGGAUGCUGGGUGAAUACUGCAACAUUGGAGUCCUCACGUCUAAAAUGAUACCAACCAUAUUUAAGUACCUUGCUCAUCGCUUUCACUCAGAAUCAGUUGAAACAAAGCUCCAGAUUGUUAAUGCUUGUGUCAAGGUCCUACUACGUGCCAAAGUGGAAGAUAUAUCUGAACUGCGAUUAGCCAUAAGUUAUGUUCUUGAACUAGCCAAAUAUGACUUGAACUAUGAUGUCCGCGACCGUGCUCGUGUUCUGAAGAAUUUUUUGUCACACUGCAAGGGGUUCAAUUAUUUGGAAGAAGCAGAUUACCGAACUGAGUUCAAUGACCUGACAUAUGUAUUUGCUGAAUACAUAUUUGGAGGAACCAAAAAAGUGCCAUCUGAAUCAUUCAGUUAUAGGUUUUAUCUUCCUGGUUCUCUUUCACAAAUAGUACUUCAUGCAGCUCCAGGAUACGAACCUCUCCCAGAACCUUGUAGUUUUGCGGAUGACGAGACUGGUCAUUCCCCAACUAAUGUGCAUAAUGAUCACGAAUCAAAUGAAAUUGAUGAUUCUGAUGACAUAUCAGGUUCUCUUGAUGAAGAGAACACGUCUGAUUACAGUUCUGAGUCUGUUUCUGGUGAAGGCGGAGACAGUUAUAUUGCAUCGGAUAGUGGUGAAGAUGAAGAAGCUGGUACGUUAAUUCAUCUUUCAGAUGAUGCUCCUGAUUCUGGAGAUCAUGACAGAGUCUCAGUAAAGAAUACGUCAUCUGGAUUGAUGGAUGCUGGUGAGUUAAUGUCCAAAAGAGCUCUUGAGUCUUGGUUGAAUGAGAAUUCGGAUUCGGGACAGAAUUCAUCCAAUCUGAGUCAGGUUCAGAGAUCAUUGGCCAGAAUAUCAAUUAAAGACAUUGGUCAGCUGGUUAAACCAAAGUCAUAUACACUUUUAGAUCCUACAAAUGGGAAUGGGUUAAGUGUAAUUUAUAGAUUUUCUUCUGAGGUGUCAAAAGUAUCUAAAGAACUGGCAUGCAUACAUGUUUCUUUUAGCAACCAUUCAGAAGAGCCUAUGUGCAAUAUUUUCCUUGCUGAAGAGAAACCUAACCCAAGUCCAGAUUCUUCAGAGAAAUCCGGGUCACCAAGUGAAAGUGUAUUGGUGUCUCAUGAUAAAGAAGCAACAUUAAUCCCCAUGGAAGAGAUAGACAGGCUUAAUCCUGGUCAACCAGCAGAUAGAGUUCUCCAGGUUCGCUUUGAACACCAUCUGUUACCUUUGAAGCUGGUUUUAUCAUGUGAUGGCAGAAAGCAACAAGUGAAGUUACGACCUGAUAUUGGUUACUUUAUUAAACCUCUGCCAAUGGAUAUUGAAUCAUUUUUGAAGAAGGAAUCUCAACUUCCUGGGAUGUUUGAAAAUAUAAGGAGGUGCACAUUUUCAGAGCAUCUAAACCAGCAAAAUGAUAAAGAUGAACCCCCGCAGAAAGACAUUUUUCUGAUGAUAUGUGAGAAGUUGGCACUAAAAAUGCUUAGCAAUGCAAAUUUGCAUCUCGUGUCUGUGGACAUGCCUGUUGCUGCUAAUCUUGAUGAUUUAUCUGGUAUAUCCCUACGUUUAAGUGGUGAGAUCUUGAACAAUUCUGUCCCUUGUCUUGUCACUCUUACUCUUAAAGGUACUUGUGCCGAACCACUUGAAGUGUCAGUAAAAAUAAACUGUGAAGAAACUGUAUUUGGUUUGAAUCUGUUAAAUAGGAUUGUAAAUUUCUUGGCAGAGCCACCACGUUGAUGAUACAAUUUUCGAUAAAAACUGAGUUGUACUUAAAUUUGUUUGCAACAUUCGUUUUUCUAGCUUUAAGCUUAUUGUUUUCUUCC